UGUGAAACCUCCUCUCCACCCCUAUUUAUUCAGAGUUCAAAGACUUGGUGAGCGUGAGGAGGGAUUCGUGUGAUUUUUUCGCUCGAUUCGAAUUUGCCAAAUCGAAUUCAAUCAUCGCUACAGUUCACAAUGACGGAAGCGGAAGACAAGGUAGAAGCAAACUCUAACACCUGCAAAAAUAUUCUUGUGAUAUUAUCUUGGCUCAUGGUGAUUCUUACGAUGCCAUUUUCCCUAUUCAUUUGCUUCAAGGUGGUACAAGAAUACGAGAGAGCAGUGAUAUUUCGUCUAGGAAGGCUUCUUUCUGGUGGCGCUAAAGGACCUGGAAUCUUUUUCAUUCUCCCUUGCGUGGACAAUUACGCUCGUGUCGAUUUACGCACACGGACCUACGACGUACCGCCUCAAGAGGUGUUGACGAAGGACAGCGUGACGGUGUCGGUUGACGCGGUAGUGUACUAUCGAGUGAACAACGCGACGAUUUCGAUCACAAACGUCGAGAACGCUCAUCAUAGCACCAAACUGUUGGCGCAAACAACGCUUCGUAACACGAUGGGAACCAGGCCGCUUCACGAGAUUCUCAGCGAGCGCGAAACUAUCUCCGGGAACAUGCAGGUUUCCUUGGACGAAGCUACCGACACGUGGGGGAUCAAAGUGGAACGAGUUGAAAUAAAAGAUGUACGAUUACCAGUCCAGCUACAAAGAGCUAUGGCCGCAGAAGCUGAAGCUGCUCGCGAAGCUCGCGCCAAGGUUAUCGCAGCAGAGGGUGAGCAGAAGGCUAGUCGAGCAUUAAGAGAGGCCUCGGAGGUGAUCGGUGAUUCACCUGCCGCAUUGCAACUUCGUUAUUUGCAAACUUUGAAUACUAUCUCGGCCGAGAAAAAUUCAACGAUCGUAUUCCCAUUACCUAUCGAUAUGUUGACAUAUUUCCUAAAAGCAGGUUCUGCAAAGGACUCUUAAUAUCUUGAUACAAAGUAACAAACGGCCCAUCAUUUCAUCAGAGUUAUCUACAAUCCUCUGUGCGUAAUCGGCUCAAUAAGAGGUAAGGAUAUUUAAUUUUAUUGUUAAUGAUGAGCAAACAUUUGACGAAAACAAGAGGCUCCAGAAGAAAUUGAUCGCCAUGAAUUACACCCGAUUGAUUUUCUAACCGACCAUGAACUUUUAUAGUAUACUUGACCCGAUCCUUUUUUCCAUCGACUAUAGCAAAGAAUUUUGCACUUCAUUACCACAUCACUGUAUCCGAGCUGAAUUAUCGAUCAAUUUUAUGACACAUCAUGCAUAUACACCAUAAGUAUUAGGAUAGAUAUCUGUUCGUCUCGUAUUGAACAUGAUUAUCAAUCUAGAGUAUUAGAAAAUGAUUGACUUGUACAAUAUUUAAAAUAUACAAAGUCGACAGAAACUGUUUACUUAGAAUAUAAUAUCGGUAUUUUAUAAUAAUAGUAAGGAUGAUAUUGGGCACAAUUAUAUUCGAUAAAUAUUAAUAUUCAGUUGGCUAUAUUAUACACAAUUUGUAUUUCAAUAAUUAAAUCAAAAUAAUGUAAGUUUGAUAAUAUUUAAAUAUCUAGGAUAAUUCAUUUUUGUAUGCACUAAAAACUCCCAAGUCAUAGUUAAACACGUGUUAUUGGAAUAUGUGAAGUUGUUAUUGGAAUAAGUUAUCGAAUAUCAAUAGAAUGCAAUAGAAUUCCAUUUUUUCAUCAGGAGUUCAUCAAUUUUUCUCAUUUCUACAUGCUGCGAUACAUGCAUUUUUGCGGCCUUGAAUUUCUUACAUAAAAAUUGCAUAAAUACGUGCAACCUACUCGCUAUCUAUUAUUUUUCGUUUACAUAAUGAAAGUUUAUGUUGAGAUAAAUGGAUGUAAUCGACAAGUGUUCACUAACUAGGUUCCAAAAAAAAAAAAAAAAAAAAAAACGGAGUUUAGAUGAAUGGAGUUUUGCUGUGAUCUAAAAUUUUGAUAUACGUACAAUCAAUAUUGAUCCUAGAAUAUGUUGGAAGCAAAUAUACAAUAUAUCAAGAUAUCAAGACUAACAAUAAGUGAAAUUGAUUUUACUCUUAUACUUAUUUAUUUAUGUAUGUCUCGUGUAUGUUCACGCACGUUAUAUAAUGUAAAGCAAUGUUUUAUAAGAAUUUUAUAAUCUAAGAGAAGAGGAACGUACAUCUUCGAAAUGUAAUCUUCGUUUUAAUGGACGGAAUUACAAAGAAAUUCACUU